GCAGUGCGCCGAUGUGGACAAGCGGAAGCUGAAGAAGCAACUCGUCGCUCCUCCAAGUCGAGAUAAGCCUCCCGCCGGGUCCGGGCUCAUUUUGUCGGGAUCUUCGCUGCCGAGGAGAUGGGGGACAAGGCGGGUACCAGAGUUUUCAAGAAGUCGAGCCCCAACUGCAAGGUGACGGUCUACCUGGGAAAGAGAGACUUUGUGGAUCACCUGGACCACGUGGACCCAGUAGACGGCGUGAUCCUCGUGGACCCGGAGUACCUGAAGGACAGGAAAGUCUUCGUCACGCUCACCUGUGCGUUCAGGUACGGCCGGGAGGACCUGGACGUCCUGGGCCUGUCCUUCAGGAAGGACCUGUACAUCUCCACCUUCCAGGCGUUUCCUCCGGUUCCCGAAGAGAAGAAACCCAACAGCCGCCUGCAGGAGAGGCUGCUGAAGAAACUGGGCCAACAUGCUCACCCCUUCUACUUCACUAUUCCUCAGAACCUCCCGUGUUCAGUCACUUUACAGCCCGGCCCGGAGGACACUGGGAAGGCCUGCGGCGUUGACUUUGAGAUCAGAGCUUUCUGUGCCAAGUCAAUCGAAGAAAAGAUCCACAAGAGGAACUCGGUGCGUCUGGUCAUCAGGAAGGUUCAGUACGCUCCGGAGAAGCCCGGUCCUCAGCCGAUGGUGGAGACGACCCGCAGCUUCCUGAUGUCUGACAGAUCCCUUCACCUGGAGGCCUCUCUGGACAAGGAGCUGUACUACCACGGAGAGCCCAUCAGUGUCAACGUUCACGUCACCAACAACUCCACCAAGACUGUCAAGAGAGCAAAGAUAUCCGUGCGUCAGUAUGCAGACAUCUGCCUGUUCAGCACUGCCCAGUACAAAUGUCCAGUGGCCCAGCUGGAGGCGGACGACCAGGUGUCGUCCAGCUCCACCUUCUGCAAGGUGUACACUCUGACCCCGACGCUGGACAAGAACCGGGAGAAGAGGGGACUCGCCCUGGACGGCAAGCUGAAGCACGAAGACACCAACCUGGCCUCCUCCACCAUCGUAAAGGACGUGACCAACAAGGAGGUGCUGGGGAUCCUGGUGUCCUACAGAGUCAAAGUCAAGCUGGUGGUCUCACGUGGAGGGCUGCUGAGAGGCAUGUUGGACAGAGACGUGUCGGUAGAGCUGCCGUUCAUCUUGAUGCACCCGAAACCCGUAGAGCCGCCUUUGUCCCGCCCUCAAUCAGCUGUGCCAGAGAUGGACCCCCCCAUCGACACCAAUUUGAUAGAAUUUGACACAAACAGCGUCUCCCAGGACGACGACUUCGUCUUCGAGGACUUCGCCCGCCUACGGCUCAAAGGCGCCGUGGACGACAAGGACGAGGACUGCUAGGAGCGGCACGCGCACCGUGUAGACGUUACAUUCCCCGGCGGGGUUGUUGGACGGAGGCCUCGUGGGCGGGUGGGGUUCUUCCUCCCUUGCUUCAACCAUCUCAUCUUCCUGCUGCCAUUCGUCUUCUCCGUCCGUCUUUCUGGUUGUUUUUUUGUUUGUUUUUUGCUGACGGUUAAAUGUCGAGCAGCUGCAGGACAGAUGUUGUGGUGGGGGGGCGCGAUGGAAUGUUUGAUUAGCCGAAAUACGACACACAAAAAAACGAAUCGGCCGUCGUCCGCUUUUAUUUCGAAACUCUUUUUUUUUUUUUUUUUCAAAACGCCGGAGGACGCAGCAUUCGCUUCGUUGUACAAACAGAAUAUAUAUUUGAAACAAAGGAAAAAAAAUCUACAAGCAGUUGGAGGUCUGUUAUUUUAUUUUCUUAAAUACAUUGAUGCUUUUCUUUUUUCUUUAACAUCGCGCUGCCCAGGGAGGACACACACACACACACACACACACACACACACACACACACACACAGGAACGUAAUUUCACCAGCAUCCAUUCUCACCACUCUGUCAGCCCUGUCGUCCAUUUGAUAAAAUGUUUGUUGUUCCAGUUUUAUUAUGAAAGAAUCAUACCAGCGUUGACAGAGUUCCACUUCCUGUUUCUGCAAUCGAAGUAACAGAUCUUUCGUUUUAAUUUUUUUACACAAUAUUUCGAUAUGCUCGAUAACAGGUUUGAUGUCUCUUUUUUUUCCUUUUUAAAAGUUCAAUGAGCAAAAACUCUGUUGAUGUUGGAAUGUAUUUUGUAUUAAAACUGGGAUCAGACGCCGCCCUCGAGUCACUCGACGUCCACGGCGGCGCUUUAGUUUGAGACAAAGUUGAAUAAUUACUGAGAGAGAACUUGAAUAUUCGCUGAGAUUACAUUUACUAUCAAAAUAAAAGCUUUUGGCAACGGGAGCCCCGAGCGCAAAACUACGCAUUUGUUUUUCGUGAGGGAACGACGUGCACAAAUAUCUACGAUGACCUCGGAUCCUUUCAGGCUUUUUGGCGGCAGCUGGCGUUGCUGGUGUGAAUUCUUUUGACACGUACAUUUGGAGCCUUGUUAAUAUAAUUUAUCUGAAUAUUUCCUGCAUUCAAAUAUUAAUAUUUCAUCUUUUUCACUCAAAAUCGCUGUGGUAAUCUUAGAAUGAGCAUCGUCUCUCUCCUGUUUUCAUUCAAGUAGAAUCCGACCAAUCACAACGUCCGCUCCACCCCAGCUGGUUUAGAUGGUCUCCAUGGAAACAAUGCUGUUUUCUGAUCAAAGUGGAGACUACGUUGUGCCUUCUUCAUUCCACUGCUGCCGGGAUACGAAAUAUUUUAAUUGUUUUUCUGACAAAAAACAAUUUGCAGCAAUUUGGAUGUAACUUUUUCUUUUGUUAAACUUGUAAUUAUAAAAAAACACACGAGAAUCACAUGAUUUGUCGUGAAUAAAAAUUAACUUAAAAAUCAGAAUAUUAAAGUGUCAAAAUAAUUUUUUGACAAUUAUAACAAAUUAAAAAAGACUAACUGAGCAAUUUUAAGAUUUAAGCUUUAUUCCUGUAAAAUACAAACUUGUCUGUUUAAUCAAUAUCAUAAUUCAUCUCGUUACAUUGUGACAUUUUCAGGACGUUAUUCAUUUACUUUCCUUUGUAAUUUCCUGAAUUUUUCCCCAAAUGUACAAUGUAGUUAUUGAUAUUUUUUCGCAUGCUUUUGUCUUUCAAAGUAAAUGUCGUGUGACUCUUAAAUGACCAAAUGUCCCGUAAUGUUGAGUCUCUACUUUUAAGAAUUAUCACCGCAUUGAAAGGAUUCACAGAGCAAUUGCAUUUAAAUCUUAUUUAUAUAUAAAAUGACCAAUGAUCAAUGACAGCCGAUUUCCCGAAGCAUAAACUACUGUUUCCAUGAUGUCGUGACUUAAAGGUGCCGCGCCUGAGAUUCUCUCCUGACCCUCGUCACGGGGAAACCUGUGGCUAGAAGCUAGCAGCGCUAAGGUCGGCUGGCAGCGCUAAGGUCGGCUGGCAGCGCUAAGGUCGGCUGGCAGCGCUAAGGUCGGCUGGCAGCGCUAAGGUCAGCUGGCAGCGCUAAGGUCAGCUGGCAGCGCUAAGGUCGGCUAGCAGCGCUAAGGUCAGCUGGCAGCGCUAAGGUCAGCUGGCAGCGCUAAGGUCGGCUGGCAGCGCUAAGGUCGGCUGGCAGCGCUAAGGUCGGCUGGCAGCGCUAAGGUCAGCUGGCAGCGCUAAGGUCAGCUGGCAGCGCUAAGGUCGGCUAGCAGCGCUAAGGUCGGCUAGCAGCGCUAAGGUCGGCUAGCAGCCGUUUUUGGGGUCACAAGAUCCACUCAGAAUGUUUCCGUUGCUCAUUGAUCUCAUAAAAUUUCCACUUUACUUAAUUGUUGGAAAGAUCUCUCGAUAAAUGGCCUUUUUGUGCGUAACAUUGCGAGAAUAAAGGAGUCUCUCUCAAAGCGUUGAGCUUAAAGUCGUUGUGCUCGUAUUUCUACAGAAUAUGAGGAAUUAUUUGGCCAAAAUGUCGAGUGCCAUGAAAACGUUGCAGCCAAAUAAAACGAGGGAUUUGGUCGUACGAAGCAGCCGCGUUUCCUUCAGACCUUCAGAAGGGUUUUUAUUCUGUGGAAGAAAAGUAGUUCUGCUUUUGACGAGUGUUUUUCCCCCCGAACAACAAAUGAACGUUUGACCCACGAAGGAGGCGAGCGGCUCAUUUCAGGAAGCUUUUUCUCUUUUUGACGCUCGACACUUCAAACUCUUUAUUUAAAAACGGCCCGAUUCCCAGAAGAAGAGCCUGUUUUUAUUUAACUUGUGUAUUUGUGGGGAAAGUUUUGCUGUGAAAAUAUUUUGACCCCGACUGCGCGACGCGUCACCGUAAAGUCUGUAGAACACAGGAAGAGAUUUCUGCUGGCGGGACGAUUAUUACGCUUCUGAUUAUUGUUAUGGUGACUUAUUACUUCUGUCAGCAUCACCACCGUUCUCAUGAUCAUUUAAGAGUACCGUUUAGCCACGUGCUUUUUAUUUUGAGAUUAUUUGUUUUCUUUAUUAUUAAAGGUCAAAUGAACCGAU